AUGGCUGCAGACAAGAAGACCAAGGCCGGAAAGGCUGAGAAGAAAGCAGAUGCCAAGAAACAGGCCCCCAGACAAAAGACCACCUCUGUCUCGCCGGCGUUGCUGGCGUCUAUCUCGAAGUUUCUGGGAGACCAUGCAUUCACCAAGACCAAGGCAGCCUUUAUUGCCGAGCAGCAGGAGGACUCGGUUAUCGCGAAGAGCAUGCGAAAGGCCAACCUGAGUGACGACGAGACUCCUUCGCUGGAUGUCAUUUAUGAACUCUGGGAGACGAAGAGCGGUGCCGCACCAGCAGCUGAUAAGGAGGAGGAAGACAGCAGCGACAGCGACAGUGCAUCAGGCUCGGAUUCGGAUUCGGACUCAGAUUCGGAUUCAAGUGACGCCGGCUCAGAUGUGUCGAUGAAAGACGCUGCUGCCAGCAGCUCGUCUGAGAGUGAAGAUAGCUCGGAUGAUGAUAGCAGCGACGACGAUGACGAGGAGGAGACGAAACCGGACCCGACUCCGGCCCCGAAGACUGCAGAGAAACCAUCCCUGAAACGUAAACUCGAGUCCGACUCCGACUCGUCCUCUGAUGAUGACUCUGAUUCUGACUCUGGUUCGGACUCCGAUGAGGCCCCCUCACCAAAGAAAGCAAAGCUAGAUUCGCCUGUUAAACCAGCUGCAAAGAAGGAACCGGAGCCGGAUUCUGACUCGGAGUCUGACUCUGACUCUGAUUCGGAUUCUGCCUCUGGUUCUGGCUCUGACUCUGAUUCUGAUUCGGACUCGGAUUCCGACUCCGACCCUGAUUCAGAAUCAGAAUCAGAUGAUGCCAAAAAGACCAAAACACCGGCAGCAAAGAAGGAGGCAUCCACUCUAAAGAAAGCCAUCAAGACUCCGCUCCCGGAAUCGGACAGUAGUGACAGCUCCGACGACGAUUCAUCCUCCUCCGAUGAUGACGACGAAGCCGACGAUGAAGAUGACAAGGCCAAACCCUCUGCCUCCGAAGAGCGCAAAACUGGCUCCGACUCCAGUGCUACCCUGGCAGCCACAUCGGGUCAAAGCGACUCCGACUUCAAGGCAAAACCUGUCCGUAAACAUACAGGGGCCAGGCCAACUCCGCUAGCUGCUGCAAGUGAACUACCUCAUAACCACCCUUCCAACGAAUAUGUUCCAUAUGCGUAUGCUGAGCGUGCGCAUCGUGACCUGUCAGUCACCCGCGGAAAGGGGUUUACCAAGGAGAAGAACAAGAAGAAGCGUGGCUCAUACCGUGGUGGUCCCAUUGAUAUCGGACCAGGCAACAGUUUCAAGUUUGACGACUGA